AUGCACCUCGAGUGUGUUACAAGUGCCUUAAUCCGGAGCCUGCAGGGCCCCCUGCUUGCCCGUUGCCAUGCCGAAUGCAGGGAAGCGCACUGGGGCUGCUUCCUGGCAAGAAGGGAGCUGUUGCUCUCAGAAUCUCGAUUCCCCUCCAGCCACAGCAAGAGAAGCCUGCUGCUUCACUGCAGAGUUCCCUACUCCAAGGUUCUUAACCCAGCCCAUGACUGGUUCCUGCAGGAGGGUCCCAAGCAUGGCUCUUUACAACUGAUCCGGCACGCGGCAGCGGCCCCCCGGGCGUCCUACGGUCCUUGGCUCUGCCUCCUGGUGGCCCUCGCCCUGGACGUCGUGAGAGUGGACUGUGACAAGGACCCCCUGGACCCUGUCUACCUGCCAGCAGCCCUAGAGCUCCUGGAUGGCCCUGAGCAUUUCCGUGUGCAGCAGGUGGGCCGUUACCCUCCUGCCAACUCCUCUCUGGGCUCCCGAUCUGAGACCUUUCUGCUCCUGCAGCCCUGGCCUAGGGCCCAGCCACUUCUUCGGGCCUCCUACCCGCCCUUUGCCACCCAGCAGGUGGUGCCUCCUCGGAUCACCAAGCCCCACCAGCGGCCAGUCCCAUGGGACGUGCGGGCUGUUUCAGUGGAAGCGUCCGUGAGUCCAGCAGAGCCCCAUGCUCGUGUCCUCUUCCACCUCAAAGGGCAGGAUUGGCCACCAGGGCCUGGCUCCUUGCCCUGUGCCCGGCUGCACGCCACACACCCUGCAGGCACUGCUCACCAGGCCUGCCGCUUCCAGCCAUCGCUGGGUGCCUGCGUGGUGGAGCUGGAGUUCCCUUCGCACUGGUUCUCUCAGGGUUCUACCACACGGGCCGAGCUGGCCUACACACUGGAGCCUGCAGCAGAAGGCCCUGGGGGCUGCGGGUCCGGCAGUGAGGAGGCCCCCAGAGAACAGGCCCUCCCAGUGGGUGGUGUGGAGCUGCGCCCUGCAGACCCCCCACAGUACCAGGAGGUACCUCUGGAUGAGGCGGUGACUCUGCGCGUGCCCGAUGUGCCAGUGCGGCCCGGCCAGCUCUUCAGUGCCACCCUCCUGCUUCGGCACAACUUCACGGCCAGCCUCUUGACCCUGCGGAUCAAGGUGAAGAAGGGGCUGCAUGUGACAGCUGCCCGCCCAGUCCAGCCCACCCUCUGGACUGCCAAGCUGGACCGCUUCAAGGGCUCCAAGCACCAUACCACCCUCAUCACCUGCCACCGUGCUGGACUCGCAGAGCCAGACACCAGUCCCCUUGAACUGUCUGAGUUCCUGUGGGUGGACUUUGUGGUGGAGAAUGGCACUGGUGGGGGUGUGGCCGUCACUCGCCCUGUCACGUGGCAGCUGGAAUACCCAGGCCAGGCCCCCGAAGCAGAGAAGGACAAAAUGGUAUGGGAAAUCCUGGUGUCAGAGCGAGACAUAAGAGCCCUCAUCCCCCUGGCUAAGGCUGAGGAGCUGGUGAACACAGCGCCGUUGACAGGAGUGCCUCAGCGUGUCCCUGUGCGCCUUGUCACCGUGGAUGGUGGUGGGGGCCUGGUGGAAGUGACAGAGCACAUUGGCUGCGAAUCGGCCAACACACAGGUCCUGCAGGUAUCUGAAGCCUGUGAUGCUGUGUUUGUGGCUGGCAAGGAGAGCCGGGGUGCUCAGGGGGUGCGUGUGGACUUCUGGUGGCGCCGGUUGCGGGCCUCCUUGCGGCUGACAGUGUGGGCGCCGCUGUUGCCCCUGCACAUUGAGCUGACUGACACCACCCUGGAGCAGGUCCGUGGCUGGAGGGUACCUGGCCCAGCUGAAGGGGUAGUGGAGUCAGAGGCCGCCACUGCAGAGGAGACCGAGCGGCGCGCUCGUAGCUGCCGCCUGCAGUACCAGCGCGCCGGGGUACGCUUCCUCGUUCCCUUCGUGGCCCACCCGCUGGACGGUGGCCGCCGUCUCACCUACCUGCUUGGCUCUGACUGGCUGCUGGACGUGUCCCACCUCGUGGCACCGCACGCCCGUGUGCAGGACCCGCGCGUAGCCUCGCUGGAGGGUGGCCGCAUCCUGGUGGGCCUGGAACCUGGUGUCACCUCCAUCGAGGUGCGCUCCCCACUGUCUGACUCCAUUCUGGGAGAGCAGGCACUGGCUGUGACGGAUGACAAGGUCUCGGUGCUGGAGCUGCAAGUGCAGCCGGUGAUGGGCAUUUCGCUGGCCCUGAGCCGGGGCACUGCCCACCCUGGGGAGAUCACUGCCACAUGCUGGGCACAGUCAGCCCUUCCCGCCCCAAAGCAGGAAGUGGCCCUCUCCCUAUGGCUGUCCUUUUCCGACCACACCUUGGCCCCUGCUGAGCUCUACGACCACCGUGACCUGGGACUGUCCGUCUCAGCCGAGGAGCCCAGUGCUGUCCUGCCAGCCGAGGAGCAGGGUGCCCGGCUUGGGGUGGUGGUGAGCCACCGUGUGCCCCUGCCCUCUGGCACUGCCUGGCUGGGGCUGCCCCCGGCCCCCACCCCGGCUCCUCCUCUCCCCUCCAGUCCUGCUCGGAGCCUGCCAGCCACAGACUCCAGCAUGGCUGGUGAGCGGCGGGCAGCAGGUGGUACGAGGGGCAGCGUGGGUGUGAGGGGCAAGUUUGAGCGGGCAGAGGAGGAGACCGAGAAGGAGGAGGCUGAAGCCAGGGAGGAGGAGGAGGAAGAGGAGGAGAUGGUCCCGGCCCCUCAGCGAGUCACGGAUCUGGAGCUGGGCAUGUACGCCCUGCUGGGAAUCUUCUGUCUGGCCAUCUUCAUCUUCCUGGUCAAUGGCGUGGUCUUCGUGCUGCGCUACCAGCGCAAAGAGCCUCCUGACAGCGCCACCGACCCAGCCUCCCCCCAGCCCCACAACUGGGUCUGGCUGGGCACUGACCAGGAGGAACUGAGCCGCCAGCUGGACCGGCGGUCUCCUAGUCCGCCCAAAGGGGAGGGGGCGUGCCCCUGUGAGAGUGGUGGGGGAGGGGAGGCCCCCACUCUGGCCCCUGGCCCUCCUGGGGGCACCACCAGCUCCUCCAGCACCCUGGCCCGAAAGGAAGCCGGAGGGCGGCGGAAGCGUGUCGAGUUUGUGACAUUUGCACCAGUCCCUCCAGCCCAGCCGCCUGAGGAGCCUGUAGGGGCCCCCGCGGUGCAGUCCAUCCUGGUGGCAGGCGAGGAGGACAUCCGCUGGGUGUGUGAGGACAUGGGGCUGAAGGACCCCGAGGAGCUUCGUAACUACAUGGAGAGGAUUCGGGGCAGCUCCUGACCUGGCCGGCCCAGCCUGCCUGGCCCAGCAUGGCAGCCACCAGCCUGGACAGCGGGAGGGGGGUGCCCACAGGGCCUCUAGCCUGCCCUUCCCGCACAUCCUUUGGUGGCUGUUGAUCCAAGUCCCCUGCCUGGACCCCUGCAAGGCCCCAUCCAGGUGCCCUCUGCCCUGCCCUUGUCAUGGACCAUGGUUGUGAGGAAGGGCUUCUGCCCCUUAUUUAUGGGAACCAUUUCAUUCUAACGUCGGGUACAGAAUAAACAGAAGGAAACCAGA